GGGGGUCCUGCCACACACGCCCUCGUCCCCCAAUACCGCCGCACCCCAGGCGCCCUCACCGACGAGCCUAGGCCCGCAGGGAGGGCAUCUCGGAAUCCCAGGGUGCAGUCUGGCGGGCCUCGGCGCGCCCCGGGGGGCGGGGAACGGCCAAGGGAGACCACUUCCCGGCUAAGGUGCCGGAGGUGGUCCUGCCGGGGGCCUGCAGGUCCGUCCGCUCGUGGUGGCGUGUUGGGGACGGUCGUGGCGCCCAUGGCAGGCCCCGGCGGCGCGCGGGCCUGUGCCGGUUGAGGCGGCGCUGGCGCAGUCCGCCGCGCCCCGCCCGCACGGCCCUCCUCCGGGUGUAGCAUGUCCUCGGCGCGCCCGCCGCCGCGCCGCCCAGGGCGCUAGAGCUCGCGGCCGCCACCAUGGGCAAUGGGAUGAACAAGAUCCUGACCGGCCUGUACAUCGGCAACUUCAAAGAUGCCAGAGAUGCAGAACAACUAAGCAAGAACAAAGUGACACACAUCCUGUCUGUCCAUGACAGCGCCAGGCCCCUGCUGGAGGGAGUGAAGUACCUGUGUAUUCCGGCAGCAGAUUCACCGUCUCAAAACCUGACAAGGCAUUUCAAAGAAAGCAUCCAGUUCAUUCACGAAUGCCGGCUCAAAGGAGAGGGCUGUCUCGUGCACUGCCUGGCUGGGGUGUCCCGGAGUGUGACACUGGUGAUUGCCUAUAUCAUGACCGUCACUGAUUUUGGCUGGGAAGAUGCCCUGCACAUGGUGCGGGCUGGGAGAUCCUGUGCCAACCCCAACCUGGGCUUCCAGAAGCAGCUCCAGGAGUUUGAGAAGCACGAAGUACAGCAGUAUCGCAAGUGGCUGAAGGAAGAAUAUGGAGAGAGCCCCUUGCAGGAUGCGGAAGAAGCCAAAAGCAUUCUGGGUAAAUAUAAAGAGCAGGGGCACAUGGAGCCGCAGCCUGGCACCAGGCGGUGGAGCAGCAUCCCGGGCCUGCCUCCCCUGGCCUACAGCAAUCACGCUCCGGAAACCUAACAACGCUGAGGGGUGUGGCACCUUCCGGGCAGGCGUGCUGGCUGCACUGCUGCUGCUGCUGCUGCUGCUGCUAGGACCAGCGAGGCCAACGGCUUGGGCUCCUUUCCUGGCCUCCUGACCCAGCUGAGCGCCAGCCCCCUUCGUCUCUCCCUUCCGCUCCCCUGCCCCGAUCUUCACCUCUCCUGAGCUCACUACCCUGGGAUGCUGCUCAACUAACAUGCACUUGGCUUUGAGCAUGUGAGAGUGAGUGUGUGUUGCUGUGUGCAGAAGUGUGAGCGUGUGUGUGUGCAAUGCGUAAGUGUGCGUUACAGGUGAAUGUGUGAGUGUGCAUGUGUCAGAGUGCAUACAUACCUUUGGGUGUAGAUGCUCACUGUGAGUCACAUAUGUGUGUUAGAGCAGGCACACUUGAAUGUGCGCUGUGAGGGUGUGCCUGUCACAAGCGUAUUUGAAUUCUGAGUGUCCAUAUUCCUUGGAAGUCACCCAAUCCCCACGACAAGGAUUGGUGUGGCCUCUCUUCCCUCGGAUCCCACCUGGAAGGCAUUUGGACUUGAACCCUGCCAAGCUGUUCAGCUAGGAACAGCCUGUGCCUGUGAGGACUCAGGGGCGUGAGCCCCACUCAGACCCCAAAGAGCUGCCCGGCAGGCAGUGUGGAGGCACAGACCUCGGCAGGGAGGGCGGUGCUGGGCCCCCGGAAGGUGUGGGCGUGCUCUGAGCAUGGCCUUGGCCUCACCGUUAAGGCCACCCUGCCACAGGCUCCCCGUGGCCCCUUCUCAUUCUGUCAUAUCCCUGAGUUCUCAUGGACCUGGCUGGAUCCCAUGUCUGGAAGCGGGAGCAGUCCCCUCCUUUGUCCCACCCAGCUCCACGUGCUCCUAACCUCUUGCUGUCCUCGCUGUGCGGUGGCCUCUGCCCAAGUUUUGCUUGCACCCGCAGACUUGGGAAGAAAGAGCAUUUGUUAAGCACUGUCGCAGUUUGCAUUUUAAAGCAAGCAUUUAUUAAGCUCCUGGUGUAUGCUGUGGUUUGGGUCUUUAAUCUCAGCUACCUCAUUAAAUGUUUAUGGACUGUUGUUGUUGUUGUCGUUGCUAACUGCAAUCAGCUCUGAAAGUGUGUGGUCUAAGGCUCCUGGAACUAUGUCAAGUGUCUGAUUGGGGCCCCUGAAAAUAAUGCUUUGUAAGGGGUAGAAAUUCCACGUUCAGAGAGGCAGGGGGUUUAUGCAAUUUGCAGCUCAGGCCUGCAGGCAUCGUGGAAAUGUAGCGCUCACAGUUCAGUUGGUAUCCUACCAACUUAACAGCUCUUAAGCACGCAGAGCCACACGAACGAAAAAAUACACCCGGUCGCUUCCCAAAAAGUCAAUGCAACCCCCAGCCUCCAAUUCCCACCACUAAAAGAGCUCCCUGAACUACAAGAGCGAUUUUCCUGGGCGUGUAAAGAGUAUGUGGAAGGUGAGCUCCGUGGGGGCUGAGGGAAACGCCACCAAGGCAGAGGACCCAGAUUCAUAAGGAGCCAGGGGACCUGGGACCUGAGGGUCAGCCACCUGCUGCUUCCGCCAUCUGCCGAGAGAGACAAUUUUUAUCUUCUGGUCCUUUAGCAGAAAAGAAAUGUGAACAUGUAACGGGAAAAGGUGUUUAGAUUAUUUUCUCAAAGGCUUGAAAGCCUGUGCCCGGUGGUUGUUGACUGAGUAUGUCGCUCCAGGCCUUGAAAUGCUUCAGUUGUCUUCAAUCCGUGCCGGCACUAACACUCUUUCUCCGCAGCCGCCCCGAGAAUGCUGAAGUACUGGGCCCUUCUCAGAAGAUCCUAACGCAGCUGCGUUUCUGAAACACUG